GUGCAGGCAUGGCAAGGGUUAAGGAUGCUGUUUCAAAUGACACCAGUGUGUACUGACCACACCCCUGGGUUUAGUGAGGUUCUUAUAAAAAGGCCCCUGAGUUACCGCCGACCUGGAAAAAACGUCUGAAUGUGUGUAGCAUCCUCCUGCUGUAUGUGUCUUUGUGUUUUGAUAACUACGUUGGCGUUGGCCCCUUGAUGCAAGCAGACUCGUACGGCGCUCCAUUCAGGAGUUCUCCAAGACCGACAUUCCCAAAGUAUCCCAAGUUUGGCUUGAGUCAGACUUUCCUGUUGAAAGGGAAAUUUGAACUGAGAGCUACUGUGCAGGGAGGGGUACGUCUCUGUUUAGUAGACUGAUAUUUUGUGGAUAGUCCACUUUCAGGUCACCAUGUGGGAAUUCCGCUCUGUGUCCUUCUGGCGGGCGGUGUUCGCAGAGUUCUAUGGCACCAUGUUAUUUGUCUUCUUUGGCUUGGGGGCUGCUCUCCGCUGGACCACAGGGCCCCACAACGUCCUGCACGUUGCCUUCUGCUUUGGCCUGGCGGCCGCUACAUUUAUCCAGUCCAUUGGCCAUAUCAGCGGCGGACACAUCAACCCUGCGGUGACCUUUGCAUUCUUGAUUGGCUCCCAAAUGUCACUGUUUCGCGCUGUCUUCUACAUAGUUGCCCAAUGUCUAGGAGCCCUGGCUGGCGCCGCUGUGCUCUAUGGGGUCACACCCAUCAACAUGAGGGGCAACUUGGUCCUGAACACGCUGCAGCCAGGCAUCAGUCUGGGCAUGGCCACCACCAUGGAGGUCUUCCUUACCUUGCAGCUGGUGGUUUGCAUCUUUGCUGUGACGGACGAGCGUCGCAACGGACGCUUGGGAUCGGCUGCCCUGGCUAUUGGGUUCUCUGUGCUGAUGGGACAUCUUCUCGGGAUUUACUACACCGGAGCAGGGAUGAACCCAGCAAGGUCCUUCGCUCCAGCUGUCCUGGUCAGGAAUUUUGUCAAUCAUUGGGUUUACUGGGUGGGGCCUAUGAUCGGCGGCACUAUUGGUGCUCUGCUCUAUGACUUUAUGCUCUUCCCGCGAAUGCACAGCCUCUCCGAGAGGCUCGCCACACUGAAGGGCACUCGGCCCCCUGAGGCCGAGGGCCCGCAGGAAACCAGAGGAGAGCCUGUGGAGCUGAAGACGCAGGCCCUAUAAAGCUGUAGGAGAACGAUGCUCAUCAAACACCAGUUUCCAUUUCAAUCCUUGUUAUGACAGCAGAACUGGGUCUCUUUCCUUUUGGACUACAGGACAAGGAUGAAGGCUUUUGACUGGCACCUUUUUCCAAUUUCUUGUUUUUUGUUGUUGUUGUUAGGAAUGAAGCUACAGUAGAGACUUCAGCAUGCUCUUCGAUUUUCAACUGCCAAAUUUUGCCCUUUGCUAUGUUUUCCUUAAUUUUAUGAACCCAUUAUACUUCACCGGAAUUUCAUUUUUUUAAAAAUGUGUCAGCAUGAUUUUUGUCAGUCUAUGUGUAUAGGCUUGUUUUACAUUUCUUUCAUUUUGUUCAAAUGCACAUACUUAGUCAUUUUAAAUCAUUCAAACUUAUUUUCAGCAAGGUUGAUGACAUAUACAAAUAAUUACUGCCCAAGGUCAAUUAAUCAAACUAUUUGUAGAGUGCUUUUUAUACAUAUAAAAACACAUAAAAGCACGUCAUAAUUUCUAUCUAUUUUUUU